CAUCGACGACAUUUUUUUUCCUCCCAGAAACAACAAAGCAGUCGCCGGAGGAGGAGCGCGCCGGCGAAGCAUCUCCGGCUCCCCCAACCCGACGACGACGGCCGACGCCUCCCACCAGCCCCUACCACAACACUACGAGCCCCCACCGCCCGCCCAUGCCGUGCUCGCUCCUCCGCCCGAACCCCCACCCGCGGACAUGACCCCCCGCGAUGGAGGAUCCGGGCCCGUCGUCCGCCGCCCCUGAGCCUCCCCCGCCCUCGCCCCCGCCGGAGGAGGGGGACGGCUGGGUGAUCCUGCCGCCCAGCGAGGUCGAGGGCAUCGGCGAUCCCAAGGUCAUCCACUGGGAGGACCUGCAGCAGGAGCUCGCCCGCCUCUGGAGCCUCUCCGCCGCGCUCCAAUCCGGCAGGGACCGCAAGGCGCAGCUCGCCGCGCGACUCGAGUCCGCAUUAGAGGCUAGACGGGCGUUUCUCCAGCAGGAUAAUGAGUUGGCUGAAAUGAGACACAGACUGCAAGAGCAUACUCAUCAUCUGGGGGAUUUGAAAGUGCGCACAAAGAAAUCGUCAGAUGAUGUUGAGGGUAAAAGGGAACAGCUUUGCGUCAAAAUUAGAACAUUGUCUGUGGCAAACAAAACUCUUGGCACUGCACGCAAUAAGCUCGAGGAAGCUAAUAAAUUGCUGUCAGGCGAAAAUGGUCAUGGGCGCCUUAAAAAUAUGGAACAGAAGUUACGGAAAAGACAACAAUAUAUGGUAACUCAAGUUGCCCAAAUAUAUCCUGUGAGGCCUUUGGAUGAACAAUCUCCAGAUCACAAGCCUGGAAUUACCACUAGCAGCACCAAAACAAGCGCUGCUGAAUCAAUGUUGCCAAAUGGCUCUCAGAGAAGACCUCUGGCCAUAUUGGGUCUACAGCUAUCGAAGCCAAAUGCCAAAAAGACUGGCUAUUUCAGUGACAAGACUGAUUUUCAUAAAUCUUCUACUGUUCUGGGAUAUGCUGCACAUGCAGUCUCCCUCAUUGCAUCAUAUCUCAAUGUUCCUCUUCGAUAUCCUUUGCGCUUUGGAGGUUCGCAGUCGUAUAUUCUUGAUCCUUCGCCCUCAGUUGAACCAUCAUCUAUGACCUCAGUUGUGAGUUCUGUCCCGUUGAGCACAAUCAUGAGAACAAUGGAAUUCCCUCUAUUUUUCGAUGGUCAGGAGACAACAAGAUCAGCUUAUGCAAUAUUCUUAUUGAACAAGGAUGUUGAACAACUUGUGAAUUACAUUGGUGCUGAAAGCCUUGGGCUGAGACAUGUAUUAGCUAACCUGAAGCAGCUGACAACGAUCAUCCAGUCGCAACAAUACAUUUGUGUUGAUUAGUUUGACCCAGAUACAGUUUUGGAGUUCUGAGUGAGUUUAGUCUAGGUAAAGUUGGUGCUACUUUUAACAAGCACCUUUGUUAUAUUAACCCCCUUUUGAGUUUCGACACGGAAGAGUCUGUCAAUGUUUCUGUGCUGAUACGUUCAUUGGAGAUGAGUAGAUCAACAUAUUGGUGAAAACGUUGUAACUUCCAGGUGUACAUGAAAAGAUGUGGAUAUAAACGAAAUAACUGGGGGUGCAAUUGAGGUGUCUUUUCAUGUUUUA